AUCACAUAAUAUUAAUUUAGUUAAAAUGAAAAUAGAUAGUAGACCCCUUAGAUAUGCUCAUGCAGAGGGUCACACGGAUGUUUGCUACACUGAAGACGGACAGCAUAUAGUUACUUGCGGCAAUGACGGAGAUGUUCGAAUAUGGGUUGACAUUGAAGACGACGAUCCCAAUUCCCAUUGCGUUGGCGAAAACGCGACAGCCGUGUGUUUUAAAGACAAGAGGCUGUAUGUGGCUACUGACAAUCAUGCUGUACAAGCUUACACAUUCCCAGCUUUCGACAAAGACGGUAUCGUUACUAGAUUUACUGCAUCGGUCACACAAAUUAUGACAAGCACUAAAAUUGAGGCUUUGGGCUGUACAUCAGAAAACAUGGAAGCAAAAAUAUGCAGUCCAGAGGGAGGCGCUCCUUUAUUUGUGAUGUCUGAACACAAAGGCCCAGUCCUCAGUAUAGCGCUGUGUCCACAAAUGAAAUAUUCGGCCACAUCCUGUGGGGACGGCAUGUUGAGGAUAUGGGACAUUGACACACAGAAAAUGGUCAAAGAAAUAGCUUGUGUUCCUAAAAUUAAUACAUUUUAUUCUGCUAAAGUUGUGUGUCGCAUGGAUUUUGAGCCAUCUGAGGGCAGGUACCUGGCUUACCCCAACAACAGAGAAGUGACCUUAUUGGAGUAUGAGACUUGGGGGCAACGGAUGACAUUCACACACAGCUCAAUAAAAUGUGCAAUAUCCCAGUGCCGUUUUUCACCAUGUGGUCAAUAUUUGGCCGCAAGCACCAUAGCUGGGCAGAUAGCAGUGUGGGAAGUGCAGUCCGGCACUUGCAUGGGCGUCAUUGAGCAUCCCACAUCACAUAAUGUUACGGCUAUGGCGUGGAACCCUAAAGGAAAUGGUGUGUUGGCGUAUUGCGAUGUGUCCGGACAACUGGGUGCACUGAUGAAUUGCUAUGGCAAGGACAGCAAGGCUGAUACUGAUGCGCCUGACGAUGUUGAAAUGGUGGAGAGAGCUGAUGAUGACAAUGACUUAGACAACUUGAUCGAAAACUACAACAGUGACGAUGAUGACAACGCGAUAUCACUAGAGAAGCUCAAGAAUGAAACGCUAGGGUUGGCGACGGUGAGAGACGAAGGCGAGUCGAGACCCGUGUCGCGGCACGAGCCGGCGGCGACCACGGUGCCGCCGCAGGCGCCGCUCCAGCCUUCUGCGACCCCCGGACACUUGGAGCACAGAUACAUGUGCUGGAACGACAUCGGCAUAGUCCGGUGCCACACGCUGGAAAACGGCGAGUCGACCAUCGACGUGGAGUUCCACGACACCAACCUCCACCACGGGAUCAAUCUCAACAACUACCUGAACCACACCAUGGCCAGCCUGUCUGCUAGCGUGCUGGUGUUGGCCUGCGAAACGCCUAGCAAAAUAGUUUGCAUAUCGCUGGUCGGCAGCAGCAAGGAGUGGAGCGUAUCAAUGCCCGAUACGGAAGAGAUCAUGUGCGUGACGGCGGGCAGCGACGUCGUCGCGUGUGCGACUAACGCGAGGUUAUUGAGGCUGUUCACGCCAAUGGGCACUCAGAGACAGGUUAUAUCGCUGUCUGGCCCCGUGGUGUCGCUCGCGGCGUUUAACACGACCGUGUUCUCCGUGUACCACGCCACCGACCCGGGGGUCACCGACCAGCAUCUCGCCAUGGACAUCGUGGCUAUGAAUGGUCGCCAAAUCCGCAGCAAAACAGUCCCUGUUCCUCUAACCCCAAGUGCCAAACUAGCAUGGAUCGGCACCACAGACGCGGGGUCACCGUGUGCGUACGACAAUACUGGAAUAUUGAGGCUGUAUGACAUCUCGAGCGGCGUGUGGAUGCCCAUCUGCGAUACUAACACGCAUUCUAGGGGAGCUUCGGACUCGUGGUUCGUUGUAUCCAUCAGUGAGCCCUCUCAAACGGUUCGCGCUAUCCUGUGCAGAGGCACGUCGUUUCCCCCGACGAUACCCAAGCCUAUUGUUACGGAGUUAGCGAUUCAGAUCCCGCUAUGCGAGUUGGACACCGAGAAAGGGCAGUGUGAAGAGCAACUCGUGAGGUGGGCGCAUACAAGCGCCGACGUUAACAUAAAGACGGCUAGGGAAGCUGCUCUUAAGCUAUUUGCGCUCGCCUGCCGAAGUGAAAUAGAACAACGUGCAUUAGAACUAAUGGAGCUACUAAAAGACGAUCGCCUAGUACCUUUCGCUGCCAAAUACGCCUCUCGACUCGGCCGAGUUCAUUUAGCCGACAAACUAACGAACUUAGCAGAAACGUGGGAGCGAGACGCAGAUAAGAUGAAUGUAGCGCAAAAACAUUUUAAUGAAUUGGAUACUCAAGAAACGUAUGACGUCACCAAUUCGGAACAGGAUCUGAAUGCGAGCCUCAUUAUACCGCAGAAAGCGAAGGAGAGGAAAGGGGAAACAGUUGCACCUAUCAAACCUGUGCCGAUUAAAUCAUCGCCGGCGGGAGUCAGGAAUCCGUUCAAAAAGCAACAAGAAGCCACUAGAAACGUGCAGAGUCCGCUCAGCUUGACCGAAAGAACGCUGGUGGAGGUGCACUCAACCGAACCAUCGGAAAAUACUGACCCAUCAACAAUUCAAGACGGCGAAACAUUCGUAGACUGGUUCUCAAGAAACAAAUCCAAUUUAGAGUCUCAAAAUCCCGAGAUGACUCCAUCAGAACUUAGUCGCCUUGGCAUUAGGACCUUCAAGACUCUUCAAGGUAAAACCGGCGCCGUCAAUGGGACGCCUGAAAGCGGGCAGAAGAGGAAACUCGGCGAAGAAUUGAAUGGUGCAGAUACCCCUAUAACUAGUGCGCCCAAACAGUCGAAACUUAGCGCCUUUGCCUUCCAGAAAAAAGCGUGAAUGUUAAUA